UGGCGCCCGGGGUGGGUGCAGCAGGUGCUGCGCGGGUCAAAGUCCAGAGCGCCGCGUCUCUUUCGCUAGUAACCGUGCCGUCGAUCCUUGCGGCGCGCUGACUCGCUGGUGGACGGGGCCGGCGGCGUGCUGAUGCGUCCCAACGCGUCGGGCGGCAAGCGCCGGGGCAAAGAUCUAGAGCCUGGAGAACUCGAGGACGGCGAGAUCGGGAGCCCGGUUCGAGGAGACGGCGGGCCGGCGCAGGGCCCUGGCUGCGGCAACGCGCUCGGGCGUCAGAACAGCUGGUCCGGCAUGCAUGGCGGCAUGCGCGGCCGGCCUCCCGAUCCGCCCAUGCGCCCGCAGCGCAGCUUCCCCGACCAGCCCAACGGCCCGGGCAUGAGCCGCCCGAUGCUUGGCCGCGAGGCGGGCAUGCCGCGCGAGCCCGUCAGACCGGGCGGGCGAUGGGACGACCGUCCCAACGCGGGCAUGCGCGGCAGCAACCCUGCCGACGACCGGCCCGACAUCCGGCGCGAGCGGAGCCGCUUCUCUGACGCGCAGCCGCACCCGAUGCCACGCGAGCAGCCGCACCCGAUGCAGCGCGGCCCGGGGCCGCUUCCGCCGCCACCGCCAGGCGGAGGGCGGAUGGGGAUGCACGGCGCGCCGCCGCCGCCGCCGCCGCACCGGCAGCAGCUGCCGCCGCACGCGCAGCAGGCCCGGCCGCCAAUGGGCCAGCCCAUGCCUCGCGAGCACAGCAGCGGCGGGAUGCGCCGCGAUGGCAGCGCGCCGCUCAGCCGUCCACCGCCUGACGCGGGCCCGUACGCGCGGGGCUGGAAGGACGACGGCCGGCCGGGUUGGCCGCGCUCCUCCGCCGCCGCCGCACCGGCCGGGGCCGCACGGGCGGGGCCCGCCCCCGCACAUGCACCCGCAGCAGCUCGGCCCGCCGUCGAUGCCCCUCCACGGCGGAGGGUACGCGGAGCUCCCGCCCGCCCCGCCGCCCGCCCCGCCGCCCGCCCCGCCGCCGCCCCGGCCGGCGGCGGGCGGGGACGACGACAGCCUCUUUGACGUGCCCGACGACUGGGAGCAAGCGCGAGCGAGCAACGCGGCGGCGACGACGACGGCCACCUCGCACGGACUGCCGCCGCCGCCGGUGCCGCCGCCGUUUGCCCCGCCGUUGGACUCCGCCGUGCCCGCGCGGGCGGGCGGCCCGCCGUUCGGGGGCCGCGACUGGAUGGGGCCGCGCCUCUCGCUCGAGCCCGCCCCGAGCCUGCGCCAGCCCGAGAGCAGGGCGGGCGCGCUCGCGCCGCCGAGCUGCGCGCUGCCCGGCCUGCCGCCGCUCUUCCCUUCGGCUGCGGAGCUCGCGCCGCCCCCCCCGUCGCGGCUGAGCCAGCCCCUCGAGCCUCCCUUGCCCUCCGCCGCGUGCUCGCCCUCGCUCGCGCCCGAGGCGAGGGCCGCGCCGGAGCUCGCCGGCGGCGGCGAGUCGCCAGGAGGCGUCCGGCCGCGCGGUCGGCUGGGCUGGGGGCAGGGGCUGCUGCGACGCGGCCUCGCCAAGCCCAAGCCGGAGGACGAGCCGGCCGCCCUCAAGGAGGCGCCGGAGGAGCCCGCCUCGAGCGAGGCACCCGCUCCGGCGGCGGCCGACGCGGAGGCGCCUGCGGCCACCGCGCCCGCGCCCGAGGCGGCCGCGCCCGCCGAGGCGCCCGAGGCGGCGGCUCCCGACCCGGCUCCCCCCGCGCCCGCGCCCGAGGCGGCCGCUCCCGACGACGGCGAGCCGGCUCCCGCCGCGGCAGACGACGACGCCCUCCCGGUUGGCGAGCCGGCCGCGCCCGAGCCCGCUCCGGCGCCCGCUCCGGCGGCGCCAAAGCCGAGCAAGAUGGAGCUGCUGGGCAAGAUCGACGACAUCGAGACGGUGAUCGAGGAGAAGGAGAAGAUCAUCGAGGUCGCCGAGGCGAAGCGUACCGCCGCGCAGCGCGCCGCCGCCCUCGUCGAGGCCAAGGCGCUCCAGGCGAGCACCCCGAGCGGCGCGGACGGUGGCGGCUCGUCAUCGACGGCCUCGCGGCGCGAGGCGAUGUCGAUCCCCGACCUGAUCGAGCUGCUCUACAUGCGCAACGCGAAGGCGGCCGAGAAGUCGCACGAGGCGCUUCUCGCCCGGCUCGAGGAGGGCGGCCGCGUGGGGCGGAACGACGAGCCCGUCUUCGCCUCCGAGCUGCCGCUGUACCGCGCCAACCUCGCCAGCCGCGCAAAGAUGGCGCGGCGGCUGCUUCCGGCGGUGCGCGAGCGCGCGCAGGGCCUCGAGCAGACGAACGCGCAGCUCCGCGCGCGCUUCUCCCAGCUGCAGCGCGCGUGGGACACCGCGACGGCCAAGCGCGAGCGGGAGCGCGAGAAGCGCAAGUCGCUCAAGACGGCUCACGACGACGGCGCCAGCGGCGGGCGCGCCAGCCGCAACCGCACGGUCGGCUCCUUCGACGUCGUGCGGUCGGAGGAGGAGAUGAACGCAGUGCUGGCGCAGCUCGCCGAGCAGGAGAAGAAGGAGCGCAACGACGACUGGUGCCGCGCCAAUUGCGCGGUCCCGACGCCGAUGCUGCUCGAGCCGCUCCUGUCUGCCACGCCGACGUUUAUACCGCGCAACGGCGUCAUCCCGGACGUGAUGGCGGACGAGCGCGAGCGGAAGAAGCGGAUGGUGUGGAGCGAGGAGGAGGAGGCCCUCUUCACCGCAAAGUACCUCACCUACCCCAAGAACUUCCGCAAGAUUGCCUCCUUCCUCGAGUGGAAGUCGCCCGGCGACUGCGUCCAGUUCUACUACCUCAACAAGUACAAGCUCGACCUCAAAAAGACGCUGCUGAAGACGCAGCGCCGCCGCCCCGGCUCGACGCCGCGUGCGUUCCGCGAGGUGCAGGCCAUCACGCCCGCGCGCGCCGUCGAGGCGCCCAAGCCGGUCAACGACAAGGACUUUGUCACCAACCCCUUCCGGCAGGGCAUGCGCGCGCGCGCGCGCAACUUCUCGUACAAGGAGUCGGACAUCGCCUCCCGCGCAGAGGGGUCGGAGGAGGUCGCCGAGCCUGCGGCCGCACUGCCGCCGCUGCCGCCGCUCCCCGCCAGCGGCGCCACCUCGAACCGCUGGUCGGACGCGGAGCGCAGCAGGCUCGCCGCGGCGGUGCAGCGGCACGGCACCUCGGCGUGGGCGCAGGUCGCGCAGCAGGUGGGGACAAAGACGUCGACGCAGUGCAAGAACUAUUACGCAAACUACCGCGACCGGCUGCCCGGCCUCGGCGGCAAGGAGGAGGCCGCCGCCGGCGCCAAGCGCGAGCGGGAGGAGGGGUCCGGUCCGGCGAGGAGCGGCAAGAAGGCGCGCGAGCUCAAGGGCGGCAAGGACAAGAAGAAGGCGCUCGCGGCGCACAGCGGGAGCGCGGCUGGCCAGCUGCACGAGCCGGAGGAUGCCGUGGCAGCG